AUAAUUUUAGUCAGUUGUAUAAUACAAGUCAAACAAGAUACACAAGCUCACACACAGCUCCAUAUAGGAGCUCUACAUUUAAGUACAACCCAUUUUAAGACUUACUAUAUAGAACGAUGGAGACGGAGUAUGUGAAGGGUAUCCUGAAGUCGGGGGCGAAUAGCGCUCAGCUAAGCCUCAAGGCGGCCAAGUUCGAUGAGGUGAACAUUCUGGCCACAUUCCAUCCCGUUGGCAAGGACUACGGCCACAUGAUCAUUGACGAGCCCAAGACUCCGUUUGUCUUCGAGGAUGAUUUGCCCAAGGAGUUGGACACAAAUGCUCUGAUCGAAAAGUUGCGCCAGACCUCGAAGUCGGAAAUGCCGGCAUUUGGCAUUGAGGGAGAUUCGGAUGAUUCCUCGGCAGACGAGGACUUUCCCGAAUCUGUGGAGGAGAAGGUGCGCAGAAUGGAGUUUGAGAGCCGUCGCAAGCAGCACUACAAGGAGUUCUUCUCGGUGCCCCUGGCUCGACGCCUUAUAGCCGAGGAGUUCGGCGAGUCGACCACCUCCGAGUGCAGUAUUCGCAGUGAGAAGUUGAUGGAACAGAAUGAGAACUGUUGUGAAGAUGAUCAGGCAAUCGGUGGAGAAGGGAGUCUUUAUUCAGCCUCCCGCUCUGGCAGUUAUUCCGAAUACAGGACAUCAGAACCAUUUGACUUAGAACCCGGACUGUCUCCCAGCCAUCAUUGCUAUCAGAAACUGAAGGCCGAUAUCUAUAACCAGCCCCCAGAGGAUAUGGCCUCGUUGAGCCAUCUGCAUCGCCUGCCAUCGGUCAACGAUGACGAUCUCAAUCAAGAUCUAAGAGUUCCACACACUUCGGUCAUUCCGAGUGAACGACAAACCGUGCAGGAGGACAAGUUAGGCCCGAAAGUCAGUAGCGGAAGGCCGGGAACUGUACGCAUUUGCAAAACCAGCUCCGAUACUCGGGCUGGAACCUCUAAGAAGGUGACACGUUAAAAUAUAUAUAUUUUUUUUGAAAUAUUUUUUAUAAAAAUUUAAUGUUAAGCUAUCACAGAUCCUGAGAACCCCAAAUGAUGGGUAGUUCAGAAGCUCAAAAUUUAUGUUUACAAUGCGGUCUAUAAAUAAAUAUUUCUCCGUUACUUAUUUAUUUAUA